UGGCAACGCCAUGCGCACAGAGUUGCUGCUGUAAACAAAUUUGCAGCUGGUAACACCCUUUUCGCAUAAGUGUCGCCUGGCGUGAACACGCGGAUUUCACUUCGUGGAUUUUUUAAUAAUUAAAUAAGCUGCCAAAAUGACGAAGAAGCGCCGUAACGGAGGACGCAACAAGCACAAUCGCGGCCAUGUGAAACCCGUGCGUUGCACCAACUGCGCCCGCUGCGUCCCCAAGGACAAGGCGAUCAAGAAGUUCGUCAUCCGCAACAUCGUCGAGGCGGCUGCCGUGCGCGACAUCAGCGAGGCCAGCAUCUGGGACACGUAUGUGCUGCCCAAACUGUACGCCAAACUCCACUACUGCGUCUCCUGCGCAAUCCACUCCAAGGUGGUGCGCAAUCGUUCCCGCGAGGCGCGUCGCAUCCGCACCCCUCCAUUGCGCUCCUUCCCCAAGGACAUGGCACGCAACAACAACCAGAACAGGAAGUAAACCGUAAAUGUGCGAACUAAAGGCGGCUUGCUUAUAUUGAAGGAAACCAAUCCACACACACACACUAUUGUCAAACACAUUGAUUCGAUUCGAUUACGAUUUGAUUCAUUGGAUGAAAUAUAAGCAUUCGGUUUUUUAAAACAAAU